GGACUGCUCGCCGUUUAAACAUACACGUUGCCACCGUAAGCAGACUACGCGCCGUUCUUUGUUUGGUAUCACUAUCAAUCUUCACCUGAAUCUUGUUCGCCUGGACUUGUGCGUGAUUCAUCGUCACAUCUCCUUGAUCAUGGAAACUCCUGUUGAUGCUCUGAUUAAGGACGAACAUGAAAGCCCUAGGUGGAAGAAGUCAACGGUGGUUUUUGUGUUGGGAGGUCCUGGAAGUGGCAAAGGUACUCAGUGUGCUAAUCUUGUGAAGCACUUUAGCUAUACCCAUUUUAGUGCUGGUGAUCUUCUCAGAGCAGAAAUUAAGUCUGGUUCUCAAUUUGGAGCCAUGAUCCAAAGUACGAUUGUUGAGGGGAGAAUUGUGCCUUCUGAGAUCACAGUGAAACUUUUGUGUAAAGCUAUGGAGGAAAGUGGUAAUGAUAAGUUCCUUAUUGAUGGUUUUCCUCGCAAUGAAGAAAAUCGGAUUGUAUUCGAAAAUGUUGCUAAAAUCGAGCCUGCUUUUGUUCUCUUCUUUGAUUGUCCAGAAGAAGAACUAGAAAGACGCAUUAUGAGCAGGAACCAGGGAAGAGAAGACGAUAAUAUAGAGACGAUAAAUAAGCGAUUUAAAGUGUUUGUAGAAUCUACCCUCCCUAUUAUUAGCUACUAUGAAUCUAAAGGGAAACUUCGAAAGAUCAAUGCUGCAAAACCCAGCGAAGAGGUUUUCGAGGCAGUCAAAGUUCUAUUUGCAUCUUAAACUUGACAAGGUGUAGCUCGUGAUCAUCCAAACAUACAGUUUUCUGUCUAGUCCUUGUAGUGCAUUAUUGUUUGGUCUUUGUCUUUGUAGCAUGACUUGGAAUCACCAAACAGAACAAAACAGAGACUCCAAAGUCCAUGUGCCUUGUCGUAUACGAAACUAAGUUUACAGAUUCAUGCUUGUUUCAGUGUUUGUAUAUGUAAUUAUCUCUACAUUUUACAUGUUCUCAUUAUACGAGAAGCCAAACUUUCGUCGUAA